CUGAAGCUUGAAACUCAAGUGCUGGAUGGAAAGCCUAGGCUAAUUUUAGCUGCUUCUGAUAAAUCAAAGCCUGCAAUGAAGAUGGGUAAUAAAGCCAGAGCACCUAAACAGGCAUUGAGAAUAAGGCAUACUGGGCAUCUUCUGAGGUCAGCACAAAAUGCUUGUAUCAAGCAGGAAAACUUAACAAAACUAAGGAGUGAAUCAAGCUUAUCAAUGACAAAAGGUGAAAAACUGCAAGUUACUAAACACUCCUCACAUGAAGCCACAACUAAAGAUCACUUUUUGAUUUUCCAAAGAGAUAGCACAAACAGAUAUCCAGAUUCAGAGAAUCCUAAUGUUAAAAAAAGUAAAGAGAAGCCACAAAACCCGUGUGUAUCAGGUGAUGACCUAAGAAGUUUGGUGUGUUUAACACAAGAACAGCUUCAACAGAUUUUGAUGACUAUAAAAGAAGGAACUAGAAGUAUCUCUGAGACUCAUAAUGAAAAACAAGUGCAAAUGGCUACUAAUGAGGCAUCAGAGGAAAAUGUUAUAGUGCUGCUCCAAAAAGCUUGUGAAUUUUCAUCUGUUCCAGAUGAAGCUAACUCUGAUUCAAGCAGGAAACAAGAAGCAUAUCUGCAGCCAGGAUGGAAAGUUAUAAAGGAUUCAUGGAAACCUGCUGACAUGUUUUCUACCUUGGGUGAAAGAGAAGAGGAGAAAGCUUUAUUAGAAUUUAGAAAGACCCAAUGGAAGAAGGAAUUAGAUGAACAGGUAGCACUGAAGAAGAAACUGAAAGAAACUCUGGAGGGAGAGGUGGGUUAUUUCUGGGCAAAAUCUGGCAAUAAUAAAGCCAAUAAAGAGAAAGUGGAAACAGCUGAUCCAGAUAAGACAAUGUUUCCAGCUGACUCAGUUAUUACCACUGAGGAAAACGGUGUCUGUACAACUGCUUUAACCACAGAGGCUAAUCAAGUUCCACCGAACAUUUCAAGUGCUCCAGCUGGGCCGUCUUCUGAUUUCAAUUCUGACUUACCAACUGUCAAUUGCACAGCAUUUGUUUUAGGGGAAGCUGUGCCACAGGAAAGACCUUUUAGUGGUUUGAAGCAUGAGCAACAGAAGAAGUGGCUUGAGGAGCUGGACAACCAGAAGGAAGAAGCUAAGCUACGAAAAAUAGAAGAAAAACUUAAUUUAUCAAAGGCUGAAGAGCAUGACAGAUGGGCAAUGCAUUUUGAUUCGUUAAAGAACCACCUUAAUGCUAAUCCACAACACCCCUUAAAUGGAAUGUACAAAAAGCAGCCUGAAAGUCUUUGCCUGUCACCUGACCCUAAGGAGCUGACUGCUUUUAUUCGCCCUUUUUCACCUGUAGCUUUAGGCAACCUCAUGCCCUCAAAGGUGGGAAAUGCAGAAAAAGCUGCUAAAAACGGUGCUUUGGAACACAGUCAGAAAGUCAGUUUCCUCCGUUCAAUGACAGCUCUCCUGGACCCUGCACAGAUUGAAGAGAGAGACAGGCGGCGGCAGAAACAGUUAGAACAUCAGAAAGCAAUAAUGGCUCAGGUAGAAGAAAAACGGAAGAAGAAACAACUGGAGGAAGAGCACAGAAAAUGGGAAGAGCAAGAGGAAGAACAGCGCCUAGCACGAGAAAAAGAACAAAUGCAGAAGCAGUUUGAAGAAGAUAUGCUGAAACAAAAACAAAAGGAGGAACAUGUGACUCUUAAAACAAAUGAGCUCUAUCAGACAAUGCAGAAAGCUCAAGAAUUAGCACAGAGAUUAAAACAAGAACAGCGCAUUCGAGACUUAGCUCAGAAGGGACAUGACAUUUCAAAACUUCAGAAGAAUCUUCAUGGUGGCGAUACAGAAUUUGAAAAUUUUAAUACUGACAUUUCACAUCAAAGUCAUGAUUUUUCUGAUGAUAUUAAGAGUCACAUUGUUCAGCAGACUUCUCCUCGGAAAGACACUGCUGUACAGACAGAUUACUUUAGUACUUCAGCGUACACUGAGUCAGCUGAGGAAAGAACUGUGUGUUGCAGAUCACCUGAUAUUUCCAUAGAAUAUAAAGAAACCCCUAGCAGCAAAAAAUACCAGAAGGAAAUGCAAUAUAUAGAUAAAAAUAAAAUUUCGGGAAAAGAGAAUGGUGGCAUUUACAGUGAUCUGUAUGAACAAUAUGCAAGAAGAGAAAGACAAAUUAAGCCUGCAGAAAAAUACAGCAAAAGACCUGACUGGAACAUAAACAAGCCUGGGAAAAGAUACAUUCCAGCAUCAGAAAGAUACCCUAAACAGCUACAAAAGCAAAGGGAAGAAAACAAAGUACGACGACAAAUGGAGCUGCUUCAGUUGGUGGAAAGAAAUACCCCUGGGAAUCUCUGCCCAAAAAAGGGUGGCUAUUCAGACAGGUCUCCUUCACCUCAUGAAGAAAUAAAUAUGAAGAAUAAGGGACAUAGAGUCAGAAAGGAAGAACAAUUACAUAAGAAUCAUUUGAAUGAAGAAAGAUCUGAAUCACCACCUGUUCCAGCAGUUAAGAACAGAUUACACAAAAUACAACAAAAACAGAUACAUGCUGCUUAUUUCCCGGUGCAUAACAACAAUAGUAGAAGAGAGAAAUAUGUCAAGACAGAUACACAGCAGAGGAGCUCCCCUCCUCCCGCUACAGAAGCUGAAAGACCUCCCUCUUCACAAUUUAUUCCGUAUGUUCGAACAAAUGAAGUGUAUUAUCUUGAUCCAGAUGCACCAGUGACUAGACCUUCAACACAUGACCCACAGUAUCAACAGUUUAAUGAUUCUCACCAAACUCCACGACAGAUUUUUAGUUCUGAUCAUGUUAGAGAUCCUCUUCUAAAUCCUGAUGUAGUGAAAAUCAGAGAGAGACAACAAGCAAUUCUGAAAGGAUUGUCAGAAUUACGCCAGGGCCUCCUGCAGAAGCAGAAGGAGUUGGAGACUGCGCUGAUUCCCGCUACAGCUCAAGAAGAGAACUUUGUUUCACCAUUUUGA